GGUCGUAAUGCAUUAUCGAAUUUGUAGUAACUUAGGUAUCUAGUAUUUGUAAUUCGUUUUUCGUCCUUUUUUUUUUUUUUACCUGAACUUCAAGACACAUCUGAAAAAUGUCGACAGCGUUUUCAUUUUUCAAAGCAGCAUCAAAGUUCGCGAAAAACCAUAAAUUUAUUACCAGUUUUGGUAUUUUGGCCGGUGGUGGAAGUUCCCUAAUUUAUGCAUUAGAACAGUCAAUACAUGCUUCACAUGAUGCAGCUACCCCAGCUAAAAUGCCAUGGAAUCAUAAUGGUUGGUUCAGCACUUUAGAUCAUGCUAGUAUUAGACGUGGUUGGGAAGUAUAUAAAAAUGUAUGUGCUGCAUGUCAUAGUGUUGAGUAUUUGGCUUAUCGUGAAUUAGUUGAUGUAUGCUUAACUGAAGCUGAGGCUAAAGCUGAAGCUGCUGAACAAAUGAUUGAAGACGGUCCUGAUGAAACUGGUGCUAUGUAUAAAAGACCUGGUAAACUAUCAGAUUUAAUUCCUAAACCUUAUCCUAACGAAGAAGCUGCACGAUAUGCAAAUAAUGGUGCAUACCCCCCUGAUUUAACUUAUAUAACUCAGGCUAGGAUAGAUGGAGAAAAUUAUAUAUUUGCAUUAUUAACUGGUUAUAUGGAUCCCCCUGCUGGUGUUCAAGUUGGAGAAGAUCAACAUUAUAACCCAUAUUUUGCUGGUGGUGCAAUUGGUAUGGCACAAGCUUUAUACGAUGAGAUUAUUGAAUAUAGUGACGGUACACCAGCUACUCAAAGCCAAUUAGCCAAAGAUGUCAUUACAUUCUUAAAAUGGUGUGCAGAGCCAGAACAUGAUACAAGAAAAUUGUUUGCUAUGAAAGCCUUCACUUUAUUAGGUGUUCUUAAUUUAGUUGUCUGGUACCUGCACAGACAUUAUUGGUCAGUCAUGAAGACUCGUAAAAUCUUAAGAAAAUAAUUGUAAUGAAUGUAAUAUUAAUAUGUUAUUAUAAUGAAUUAUAAUAAGUAGAAUAAAAAAGAUAAAACAACAA